AACUUAGUUAUAAUAAAAAAGAUGCACCGUUUUAACGAUGACAAAAAAUAUAGUUUUAAGCUAGUGAAAAACUUAUUUCAACUGUAUUCUAUCUUCUUAUUUCUAAUGUUUACCAACUUCUCCAAAAUUCGGAAUACAAUUUUUCCUAUUUCUACAAUUUUUUCUAAUCAAUUAACCUCUUAUCGACAUUCUUCGAAAUUUUAAUUUAGUUUAAUCCUAACUAUUAAUACUUAGUUAUCUUUUAAUAAUUAUUGAAACAUGGAUUUCGAAGGAAUUUUAAAAGAGGUUGGUGAUUUUGGAAAAUAUCAAAAGUCAUUGUUGAUCAACUUUAUGAUUCCAACGACUUUUGCUUCGGCUUUUUAUGUACUGAAUGUUAUUUUUAUGGUGGCUACUCCUGACCAUUGGUGUCUUGUUCCUGAACUGCAGUCUUUGAAUAUUUCCGAAUUAGAUAUAAAGAGAAUUUCAAUUCCGAUGCAACCAGGUGGAACUUUUUCAAAAUGUACAAGAUACGAUUAUAAUUUUACUGCCUUUGCAUUAGAAUACAUGACAACUGGAAAGCUCCCCGAGAUUAAAAACGAAGGAAAAUUUAUAACAAGGAGACCGGUGAAAAAAUGUGACAACGGUUGGAUGUAUCAAAAAGAUUGGUAUGAAGAAACUAUAGUGUCAAAAUGGAAUCUUGUAUGUGAGGAUAACUAUUUGCCAAGUCUUGUCUUAACUUUAGCAAAUGCCGGGAGUGUAUUUGGAACAUUCAUCUUCUCUGCGCUGGCUGAUCGGAAUGGUAGAAAAAAUGCUUUCAUGGCAAAUGUUGCUGUUGCUUUCGUUUCUGGAGUACUAUCAAUCUUUUCACCUACUUUCGCAGUAUUUGCCAUUCUUCGAACAAUCACAGGCUCUACCGUUCCAUCAAAUUUCCAAUUACCAUAUAUAAUUAGUGUUGAACAAGUUGGAUCCAAUCAACGAUCUUUUUUGGUUUGCGUAUCUUGGAUACUAUGGACUUUGGGGGCAUGCUGCCUAGCUUUGAUAGCUUAUUUGACAAGACACUGGACAACUUUGGGUUUGGUAACCACUAUUCCAAUUGCUGCUUUUUUGGCUUAUAAAAGCUAUUUAAAACCUUCUCCGAGAUACCUUAUGACUCAAAAUCGUUGUGAAGAAGCCGCAGAAAUUAUAAAAGAGAUGGCUCACUGUAAUGGCACCAAAGUCCCAAAAGAUCUACUCCCUCGAUUAAAAGCUAUUAAUGACUCUAACAAAACCAGCACAUCAGAUUCUACAAACCCAUCACUUCUAGAUUUAUUGAAGUAUCCUCAAUUAAGAAAAAAGUUAUUAGUUAUUACUCUAAACUGGACUGCCAUUGCUGUGGCUUACUUUGGUUUGACUCUCAAUGCAACAAAUUUGGGAAAGAACGACUUCCUAAAUUUUUUCCUUCUGGCUGCAGUUGAACUUCCCGCUUUUCCUCUUGCCUAUUUGUUGAUGGAGAAAAUAGGUCGAAGGUGGUCCAAUACACUAUUCGUUUUCCUCACAGGAGUUGCUUGUUUAGUUCCAUCGUUCCUCACCAAGGAUAUGGCCUGGUCUGCAAUUGUUGCCUCGAUGUUGGGAAAAUUUGGAUCCGCUGCAGCUUUUAUGGUCAUCUAUCAGCAAGCAGCUGAGCUCUAUCCGACUCCUGUCAGAGCUCUGGGAAUGGGAGUUGGAUCUGUUGUCUCGUCUUUAGCAGUUAUUUGUAUGCCCUAUGUCUGCUAUCUGGGAAUCUACAACAAGGCAAUCCCAUUCUUAAUAAUCGGCGCAUUAUGUGUCUCAGCUGGAUUAGUUGCCCCUCUUGUUCCAGAAACUCUUCAUCGUCGAUUACCACAAACUAUUCAAGAUUCUGAAGAAUUUGGAACAGCUAGAGCUUGCUUGCCUUGCUGCGGUCAUGAUGUUGAGAAAGACGAGGAAGUUGUAGAAGAAACAGUGAAAGUAUAGAUGUGUUCCACAUUCCUACUUUUUUGGAAUAAUUCAAAUUCCCAAUGGUGUUCAUCUUUGGAAAAAAUGAAUAUGAACUCUUUGCUCAAAGGUCAACCGUCAUCUCUAGAUCAGAAAAAAACAUUCAUAGUUCUCCAUCUACGAAGAAGUGCAAAAUGUUAUAAAUUUACACUUCUCCUAAAAUCCUAAAAUUUAAAAGAAAUCUCCUCAGUCACAGAAACGCCCUUAAUAAAUAAAUAUCCUUGUCAAAAAUAAACCAAAAAAAAAAAAAUUAAUAAUAAUCAUUAGAAUUGGGAUCGCAACUUGAUAAGCUGUAAAAAAAAAUAAAGAGAAAUUAUCAAAAUCUGACGAAACACUUCGGAGUAAGUCGGGUUUAAAUUCCAGUUAGAUUGGAGAAGAAAAUUCGGUGUUGCUCAUAAUUAUCGUCUCGCUUUCCUUAUUGCUGAAGUGUUUGAAGUUGAAUUACGAACGCUUGUAGGUUAAUACGUUUAACUGCAUCUGUUGAUAAAGAUUCUAAAACUAUGCAUUGAAGGAAAGGCUUAUGUAACACAAAUGAUUGCAAAUGACUGCUUGGAUGAAGUUUGAAUCGCUUCUACUUCAUGAGCAAUACGAUAGAAAAAAUUGUAACAAUUUUACCAAAACAUUUGUUCUUUUUAAUAAUACUUAAAAAUUCCAACCUUAAAAAAACCACGUUUUAGACUUUUACUUGUAACUUAUUCCAUUAUAUUUCAUUCCUUAAAUGAACAAAGCUGACUGUCGCAAAUCUAAAAGUAAUAUGAAAUAAAAAUUAUAACAUUACGACUAAAAGCAAAUUACGUUUAUAAAUUCGCAAAUUUAAUUUAGAAAUGCAAUGGAUGCAUUUUUGAGUCUCAAAAAAAAAAAAAAAAAAAAAAAAAAAAAAAAAAAAAAAAUCAGCGUGGGAGAAAAAUUAACAUGAUUCCAAUUUCAUGAAGAUUGUGUUUCUAAAGGAAUUAAAAUGUGUUCACUGAUUUAAAUAAAUUUGAGAAUUUAUUUAAAUUUUGUUAAUAUUUUCUCUAGGAUGGAUUUGUAAAUAAUGUAAUUUUGUAUAUAA